AUGUCCUGCAAGCAGAAACUGAAGGUUUGGAAGCAGGUUAAUUUAAAAGCUGUUGUUCAAGCAAGCUACAAGCAUUUACUCAUUGAAGUAAACCUAAACUCUAAAAUCCCAAAUCGUUUUUCCUCAGUUCCUCACUUCCUCAACUCUGCGACGCCGCCUCUCUGGCUCUCUCCCUCACAAUCUUUCUCACCUCUGCGGCUCUGCCUCUCAGCUCUCAGCUCUCACAAUCGGUCUCUUGCGUCUCUGUCCCAGCUUGCUUGGCCAAAACGACGACGUCGUGUUCAGCUUCGCCACGACCUUCUCCAGCAGCAUCCCGCUGAUUUCCGGCGCCGGUUAAUCCCCAUACUCAUCAAGUCAAGUUGUGUGAUUUUGGAAGUGCAAAAGUUCUGGUUUUAUCAGAGGUGUUUCCAACUUCCAAGUCCUUUCUUUACCCUCUGUUUUGGCCUUUGUAGCCUCUCUUCCCAGGUGAGAGUGGAGUUGAUCAGCUUGUUGAGAUUAUUAAGGUACUCGGCACCCCAACUCGUGAGGAAAUCAAAUGCAUGAACCCGAAUUAUACAGAAUUCAAAUUUCCACAAAUCAAUUGGAAUCGGAAACCCGAAAACGGGCAUGUUUUGUCACGGUCCGGGUUUAUCCCGGUCCCUGUUAUUUGCAACAACGGUCCCGGCCCGAAUUAAGAAUGCCGGUCCCGGUUCCGGUCCCGGUUCCUGUAAAACAAUUACCGGUCCGGGUUUAGGCCGGUCCCCAUUCUCUGCAUCUGCAAGUCCGGUCCGGGUUUAGCUUUGCCGGUUCCGGUCCCGGUCCCUGUAAAAGCAGUGCCGGUCUGGGACCGUGCCCAGCCCUAAACGGCGUCACACGCCUGUUCAGAACUUCAGAUAAAUACGAGCAAUUAUUCUCAGAUUUCAGAUUAAUACAUGAUACUACCAUGCGGUGGUUUGACUUUCAAUCUCAAAAUUUCUCGCUGAAUACUUUUCCUAACAACUCACCAACCAAUGACACGGCAAAGGAUCAUUACAAAUGAUAAUCCCACAUACUCAAUGCAUAUAUACUCGAUGCAUAUAGAAAAUAAAUUUGUGGUGUGUACAAAAGAAACCAAAUAAUAAUAAUAAAAAGAUCCUCUUCAUUAUUUGUUUGUCUUUAAUGUUGACAAUUCUCUACAAAUCGUUUUUUUUUUUUUGGUGAUGGAAAGAUUUUUAUUCAAACUAGAACUACAUUAUAAGGAAAAGACCCAAAAAGGGUCCAAAGAAAAAAACCAACAGACAAAAACAAACAGCCCUACAAGCUUCAACCACAGUGCAGAUCUACCAGGAAAGAGAUGACGUAGUAACGAUGCUGCCACUAGCCAACCCCAAAGGUGACACAGAAACGUCACCAGAUCGGCCGGUGAAAACUUGGAGUCCAACCAAAACAAUCCCGUGCAAGAACAGCAGAAUAGAACCCAUCGAAAGAUCUCCAUAACCCAAAUCUCUGAACCAUACAAAACAUCCUCAGAAACAAACACAGAAACCAAAAUAGAAGAAAAAAAGAAGAAGAGAAGAGGAGAAGGAGAGUGAUCCGCUGAGAGAUCAAAGGGACAGAUAGCUGAAGACCGUGCAGACCCUUGUUGCACUACCGUAUUUAACGGGUUUACGUGUGGUAAUGGGAAAACCCCGUUUAAACAAACAAUCCAAGCGAUGCCGACGACGGAGCUUCGAUGGACCAAGGAGCUAUCGGUGAAGUGGAGUCCGAUGGGUGAGGAGGAUGUGCAUCUUAACCAUGAAGAAUUAGAGAUUUGAGACAAAGAGUACGAAAGAAGAAGUAAAGAUAGAAAUGAUGGAAAAGACAUGAGAAGGAAGAGGGAUGGUGGGGAGGGUGAAGAAAAUAGAAGAACUAAGGAAUGGUAGAGAUGGGUAUGCUGAAAAUGAAAGAUUAGGAAGGGUUGGAAGAGGGGAUCUGGGAAGGAAAGAAAAGCAAAGGUAAAAGGGAAAUCAUACUUGCCACCACCGAGGCAGCGGAGAGCUACCACAAGAAGAGUAGGGGAAAGCCUCACGAAGAGGGAAAAUAUCUCCCUCGACUUUCAAGCCUAAGAUCCAGAUCGGAGUGAUCUAGAUCUGGCAAGAAAGGGGGGGAGGAGGGGGAAAGCUGGGUUUGCUAGAGAGAAGACAGAGUUUCUCUCACUAGAAAAACUCUAUGUGGUUUAGAGUUUUUGGGCUCGAUUAUUCUCUACAAAUCGUUGCAUAAUC